AUGGCACAGCCCGCCCAGUACCCAGGAGGCAAAGAACUUGUAACUUUCGGCGAGGUGACCGGUGACGCCCGAGCGGAGUACUUUGCCCGAUACACCAGUGCGUCCCUGGGGAAAGUCAAAAAUCUCUACAUGAGAUGGGCGCGCCUCGGUCAUGCCAUGAGCCCGCAAUGUCAACAACUCAAUCGGUUGUUUUCUCAAUGCGUCGAUGGAAACCACAUCCGGAUUCCUGACGACCUCAAGGAAUUCACGAAGUUAGAGGAUCCGUCUGAACCUAAACAUACCGUCGCUCCCUUCAUCUUGGAUGUUCUGCAUGAUGCUUGCACCCAGCUCAUUCUUCAGGCUGACAACACACGACCCAACGACUGCGAUGAGGUCGACGUGAUGGAGCUCUUCCUCGCACGAGACAAGAUGGCGAUGUCUGAAUUCGAAUUACUGCAUCUUCUACUGCGCUGGUGUAAGCAUAGCGGUGAAGACAUCCUCGAAUACAGUCACCAUCUCGAUUUCAGUGCUUUGAGCGAUGAGCAGCAAAUAUGGGUUCUUAGCUGCCUUCCACCGUCUGCAACUGCGCCGAGUUUGGUACGGAACGGGCUUCUCCAGUCAGAACUCGUCACGCCUGACGAGGUGAGCAAGUUUCGCUUAGAUCAGCCGCACCUGCACUGGAAGCCGGUCUUCAGAUCGUCCACCGACCGUAUGCAAAGAUUCUUGCCUACCGUCUCUCAGGCCUUGGAAAUCUUCCACAAGAAACUCUUCAUCUUGACGGUGGAUGAACGUCUGAGCGUUGCGAUAUACGUACCAAAAAAGAUUGAAAGAGCAAGCGAAGUUCAAGUCGACACCGGCGUCGUAGUCUUCGCUUUCCCCCACUCACAAGGCCUACAUUCACCAAACUACAAAAUGCUACCAACCAAGGCUGACGAUUCGCUCUACCGAAAUGAGAAAAACAAAGGAGACAAACGCAGAGCACGCGAGACUACUGUGCGCGACGGAGUCAACUUUGACUGCAAAGCUAGCAUUGCUUUGGACAAAGUUGGUCGAGGACUUCAGCAGCAUAUCGGCAAGGUGCAGCAAAAUGGGGUAUUGGGUGCGGAAAUAUAUGUCAUCAGCAACAGAGACAUCAACUCAAUGCGGGUGCUUGACGAGUGGCUUACCUUCGUCGACACUGAUGAAGUCUUACCGCUAUUUGAGAAACCGAACAAGAACUACGAUAUUCCCAGAUUGAGUUCUAAAGACUGGGCAGACUACCCCGAGACAGUAGUUGCCGUGGUUCGCGACAAAGACUUUGCUCACCUCCAAGAACUGAAGUCUGUGUUAGACCUGUCGACCAUCCUUGGUUUGCUCAACGACCAUGGUGAAAAGAAGAUGCUUUUGGACACGUUCUCGCAUGUUCUUGCUUUUGAAGCAAGCUCCGCCCUCUCGCUAGACCGGACGAUCGUAGCGUCGACUCUCCUCGACUUCCUACCGAAUGCGGUGUACCUGAUACCCGCAUUCUUCCACUCUCAAACGUGGGAGACUCACAAGUCCUCGUUGGACGAACACCUUAUCCAUAUGGCCUUUAGUCUACUGAGACAUCUCGUCCUUUUGUCGGAGGACAUGGGUACUUUCAUCCGGCGUCCAAUCCAAAUCCUGUUGCAAGAACUGAAGUGCAUCUCGUUGAGAGAGUUCGCCGACAUCGUGGAGCUCAUUUCGCUUACGGUCCGCUCUUCCGAAACGGCCUUGGAUCUUCUUCUUGGGGUGUUAGAGCCUGAAAGCUCGCGGCUUCUGGUAGGACGGCCGACUGCAAUUCGGCAAUUCACGUCAUCGUUGUUCGGCAUCGCGCUUGACCAUGUAGAUGAAGCGUCUAGUGCUCGCGAGCAAAAGUCGCGAGAGUUUCUCGAGCUGCGCCUGGAUGGCCAUAGCGACGGCUGCGCAAUGGUCAAGGGCACACUUCGUAUCGAUUCUUCCUUGAAUGGAUUGCUCAAAGCUGGCGAUCACGUUCGUCUUACAGCAUCCGAUCCACCGCAGAAUGAUGUUAUCGCAAGGCUCUUCUCGAUGGAUGCUGUUGUGUCAUCAGCUGAACCAGGCAAGGUUGCAUUUCGGUGUCUUCAUCAUCCGCCGUCGUACCUUGGCAAGUGCGCCUGGAGUGUUACGCAGUGUGGAUCUUUUGUUACAAGCAAGACCUCUUUCGACGCUGUAACUGCUUUCUACACCGAGCGCGAAACCUGUAGUGCCAUCUACGCGAUGCUUCUCGGUCUUCCUCCGUCAAAACAAGAUAAGUCGAUUGGCAUCGAGCUACCGGUGACCGUCGCCCCAUCACUGAACGGAAGUCAGAACGCAGCGCUCGCUGCUUCGAUGAAACAUUCAUUGACGUUCAUCUGGGGCCCUCCGGGUACAGGAAAGACUCAUACAAUUGUCGUCAUUAUUACCCAGCUGCUGGAAAAACUACCCAAAUUACGAUUCCUCGUUACUGCGCCAACGCAUAAUGCAGUGGAUAACAUGCUGAGGAGGUUCGUGGCCUACCCUGAAGCGAAGAAUGGUGGCAUUGUCCCUGUUCGGGUAUCGACGCAGCUUUCCAAAGUCGCUCAGGACUUACCUCGGCGUAAGGCGCAGAAGAGGAUCAGAGAGGCCCGUCUCGUGUUUACUACGUGCACUGGAGCUGCGUUAGGUUUGCUUCGUAACGAGGCUUUCGAUGUCGUUAUCAUUGACGAAGCCUCACAGCUUACUGAGCCCGCAACCCUGGUGCCUCUUGUCAAAGGGUGUUCGCUUGCGAUAUUAGUUGGAGACCAUGUCCAGCUUCGCGCGACGGUUCAACAAACUGCUGUGGUAACCGGUUAUGACGUCUCACUCUUUGAACGCCAUUAUAAUCUAGCACCAAGAGAAGGCGUCGCAAAAGUCAUGCUCGACAUGCAAUAUCGCAUGCACCGCUCCAUCUGCGAUUUCAGCUCCUCCGAGUUCUACGACAGUAAACUCCAUACUGCUGUAGCUGACAACGCGCGUCCACUGCCUCCCUCGCUCUUUCCCUGGCCCAAGACAAAUCGUAUGGUUUGGGUUGAAUGCGCUGCACCUGAAGACCUUUUCCAGCAAUCCAAGUCGAAUGCUGGCCAAGGCGACGUCUGCAAACGUAUCAUCCAGCUUCUGAAGGCAUCACCGGCAUCUAGUGGCUCGACUGCAAUCCCAAAGGACUCCAUCGAAACCCCUACUAUCGCAAUAUUGACACCGUACACUCGUCAGAAGACUCUGCUUACAACAACAAUUCCGAAUGCUGAAGUCUACUCCGUCGAUAGCUUCCAGGGUCGUGAGGCUGACGUCGUCGUGUUUGUAACCGUUCGGUGCAACGCUCAUUACGCUUUGGGAUUUCUGGAUGACAUGCGACGGCUGAAUGUGGUCAUGACAAGGGCGAAAGCUGGUGUUGUGUUGGUUGGGCACAAAAACACGUUGACAGGUGUAGGGGCAGCGGAGACUGUAGACGAUAGCAAGCUGGUUUGGAGGAGAUUACUAGAGCGGUGCGAGGUUGUGGAGUUGCCAGCUCAGGCCGAGGACAGUGGUUCCACUCACUGA